GCUGAGGCACACGUCACGCAACGAGUGUUCGCAAGCCGCUUGUGACUUGCGAACGCCUACGGUAAGGCGAGAAGCUUCAAGUCAAAACAUUUUUCUGCACAGCGUUCACCGGUUGCUCGCGCCAGCUAGCGACGCGCCACCAGCGGAUCCUGCACGGAGGAUGCGAAGUGACUCGAUCGACUGGGGCUGAGCCUUCGCAGAGUUGCGAUUUUGCGAUGGAAUGAACACCUCGAGUAAGCGGCACGACGGUCGGAUAGUGGCCAUUUUCUAUACAAAGGGGAUUGAAAAGACAGAGCAAACUCUCGGGUAACUGGUGGUCGUUGGUCCUUUCCGCUUCCUCGCAGGUGCACAAGCGAACCGCGGCCAAAUCCGGUGGGGUGCCCUGAAAACUAUGGUUUGUGUCCGGCGCCUAAUGUCUUUGUCGUCCGCUUUCGAGUGCUCUGGUGUAUAGACGGAAAAGGUCCUAGACCGGUGGAGUUUUGCAGUCACCAGGUGUCCCACGUUUCGGGUUUUCCGGAGUUCUUCUGCUCCCCGGUCGGCGACAAAAAGAGAGGCGGGUGGAUGUGCAGUGCCCGAGUCGCUUUGACCACCGGAUUGCCAUGAGUGCUUCUGCUGCACGAAAAGCGUUUUCCAGACACUUUCUUCAAGUCGAAAUUUGCUGUUUCGACGCAUUCUCCGGUCGGUGUGCGCAGCAGGGAUGGUCUGUCCUCCCCAAAGACCCGGGGAAGUUUCUUUCCAGCUCUGGAACAAACGCACACACAGUCCGUUCAACCUUCACUUGCCGGUGCAUGUGUCGGCUGUUUUUGGCCACUUUUUACGUCGAAUCUCUGUAAGUUUCUCACCGUUUGCGUUAGGAGGCUCUGGAGAUGCGCCAAAGAGCCUCAGCGGAGGAGUCGUAGACCGUCUCGGUCAAAAUUCGGAAGCAGGAACAGGGUGUCGCAGUCUCUAAUGUCUCGGGUCAAAACUCCCGUGUCCAUGGUUUACCCAAGCACAGUUUCGCGAGCUGUCUAGGUUUCCCACGAGUACCCAAGGAAUAGUGACACUGAGUUCCUUUGUUGCGUUACGUGCCGCCGAUCGUCCGGGGAGUGUAGUGCACUGAAAUGACAGAGAGCCGGCUUCCCACGCAGGAGAGUUCUUGAAUUCCCACAUUCGCCGCCGGCCAAACGAUCUCGUUUUUCUGCCACGCUCCUGCCCAUCCGCCAGCCAACAUGCCACGGAGUCGGACUCUCCAGAGCCGGGCGUUUCUCAAUGUGGCGGCUGAGGCGCCGGCUUCGGCUGGGCCGAUGCAUUUGAUUCCAGGCACUUCAUCUCUCCGCCAGGACUGUGUAGCAGCGCUGGAAGACCGCCUGCAGGAGACUGCACGUUGUGUACGUUCUGCCGGGACGGUCAAUCCGAAGAAAGGGUCCACUGUCUACGUGGGCUCUCCAGGGAUUGCAUAUGCGUUUUUGAAGCUUGCCACCAUCCAGACAGGCGACCAGAAGCAGGCAAGUCUCGAUACAGCUCAGAAGCUCCUGAGCCCGGACGUCGUCGAGGCUGGCGUGGAGCAGGCGCGCAGACACCGGUCGCUCGGCCCCAGCCUUUUGUGUGGCCCCGCUGGGUUGUUCGUUGUUCAAGCGUUGCUGGGGUGGCAACAGGGGCUCCCCUUCGCUUCCCAGUCUGCUGUUUUCCAAGGCGCGGUGCAGUCGUAUAAACAGUACUUUGACUAUGCGGUUCACGAGCUCGACUCCGACGAAUGGCUUUACGGCCGCGCGGGGUACCUCUACGGGUGCUUGUUUUUGAACUUUCUGGCUCCUGGAUCCGUUUCCGAGGCGAAGAUCAAACAGCUCUCAAUGAAGAUGCUCGAAUCUGGCGAGGCUUACGGCCGACGCACCGGCGCCAGUCCCUUGUUGUACAGCUGGCACGACAGAGAGUAUCUCGGCGCGGCUCACGGUGUCAUGGGGAUUGUCUACAUGCUGAUGUUGGUGGAACCGAUCCGGAACGACCCGAAUGCGAUGCGCCUGGUGAAGGGUACGCUCGAGUGGCUUCUCACACUGGAGACGAAACACCACAACUGGCCGGCAGUCAGAGGCGAAACAGACGACUACCUCUGUCAUUUCUGCCACGGAGCCACCGGCGCGGUCUUUGCCUUCGGACUCGGGAGCAUUGUGUUCAAUAAUCGCGAGUUCCAGAAAGCCGCGCUCCGCGCAGCGACUUGCGUGUGGAAGUACGGGCUGUUGAAGAAGGGGCCUGGGAUAUGCCACGGAAUAUCUGGAAGUGGAUACGCGUUGCUCAUGGCGUACAAACUGACACGCGAUCCCAUCUGGCUGGACCGCGCCGCAGACUUUGCGCUCAAAAUGUUCGACGAAAAACUGCAGGCUGACAGCAGGGUCCCGGACAACCCCUUCAGCCUCUUUGAAGGCCUCUCAGGUGCCAUUUGCUUUCUCGUGGAUCUUCUGAAAAAUCCGCUAAAGGCUGCCUUUCCGCUUUUCGAACUUGGCUUUUGACAAGGGACUUCCCUGCCUUCCUCUGCUAUGGUAUGCUUUUUUUAUGUGUAAUGCAGGUGUCUGUGUUCUACAGUUGACAUGUCGCGUCGCUUGCGUUAACCCCGGCUUCUUUCGCAACAUCUUCGGGCGUGUAGGUUAGAAAUUCCACCCGAGUAACUGCUGUCUGUGAAAGAUACUAUUCGAGGCACAUAACCUACGAGUAAUCUGGCUCCUCUGUCGCUUUUGACGGGAAGCAGGAACGCACACGCCUCAGGCCAUCACAGUGGCGUUAUGUAUAUGACUGAGGACUCCCGUUAACAGCUGCCUUGCUGCAUUCGCAAGAAGCGGACUACCCAGUCAGAGGUAACGCUCUGCCAGCGCGAAACUAAGUCAAUCCACACUUAACACAACCCAAACACCUGACCGGC